AUGUCGUCAAUACCGGCAGCUACACGCGGCUCAGAUGGCUCGGUGGCAUCGGCACAGGCUGCUGUCUUUGUCCAGUCGCAGCGGCUGCCUGCCGACACACCGCAGGUAGUAGGACCCGACUUCGAGCAUCAGAACCCGAACGAUCUGCUAGCUUUGCUCGAAAGCAUGUCCAAAGUAGGCUUCCAGGCGAGCGGCGUUUCGAAAGCAAUCGAGAUUGUCGAAGAGAUGCGUCAAUGGCGUCUCGCAAACGAUGCAGCCUACCUCGCCUCCGAUGAUCCGGACAAGCCGAGCCUCGCCGAUGCACAAAACACGCAAUGCCGCAUCUUCCUAGGCUUCACGUCCAACCUGGUCUCAUCAGGCUUGCGGGAGGUGAUCAAGUUCCUCGUCAAGAACAAGAUGGUAUCGGCACUGGUCACAACAGCGGGUGGUAUCGAAGAAGAUCUCAUCAAAUGUCUCGGUCCCACGUACCUCGGAGACUUUGCUCUUGACGGUGCAACGCUGCGCAAACAGGGUCUCAACCGCAUCGGAAACUUGUUGGUGCCCAACGACAACUACUGCAAGUUUGAGGAUUGGGUGAUGCCCAUCCUCGAUGCUAUGCGGGCAGAGCAAGGAGAUGAUGUCUCCAACGCGUGGUCGCCGAGCCGUGUCAUCGAGCGUCUUGGCAGAGAGAUCAACGACGAAAGCAGUAUCCUGUACUGGGCUGCUCAGAACGACAUCCCUGUCUUCUGCCCGGCACUCACGGACGGUAGCCUUGGCGACAUGAUCUACUUCCACUCGUACAAGAACCCAGGACUCACCAUCGACCUGGUCAAAGAUAUUCGCAGGCUCAACGAUCUCUCGGUCAAAGCGCCCAAGGCAGGCAUGAUCAUCUUGGGAGGCGGCGUGUGCAAGCACCAGAUCGCCAACGCCAUGCUCUUCAGGAACGGCGCCGACUUCAGCGUCUACAUCAACACAGGACAGGAGUUUGAUGGAUCAGAUUCGGGUGCCAGACCGGACGAGGCGGUGAGCUGGGGUAAGAUCAAGUCGGCGGCCAACGGUGGCAAGAACGUCAAGGUGUACUGCGAUGCCACCAUCAUCUUCCCAAUGAUUGUCGCAGCGACGUUUGGUAGAGCUUUCUGGGCUGACCGCAAAGCCGGCUUUUAG